AUUUAAAAUGUUUUGCUGGAAAUGUAUGCUGUUAUAGAGUUUGAUGAUGCAUCGGUUGAGACCUUACCAACUAUCUGGCUUGAUGAGGUGGAUGGGGAGUUGGUGGCACUUUGGCCAGAUCAUAUGUCAGAGACUAGGAGGGCAACGGCAAUAGAGAACUGUGAGCCUUAUGAUGAAGACUUUACUCUCUAUGAAAGAGUUAGAGUUAUGCAUUCUUACAAUUCUCUUCUUGUUGCAAGAGCUAAUUCAAGAACAGCAGAGGAGACUUCCAGUCUGGAGCCAGAAACUGAAGAACUUGGCAGAGGGAGUAGGAGCAGGAAAAGAAGAACUGUCAAUAGGAUAAGCGAUGAUGAGGAUGAUGAAGAAGUACAGAGCAAACGGUCCAAACAUCCUUCUGCCCCUACCGUCAACAAGUCAAUAUCACAGAAGAUAAAAGAAAAACUAAAUCAAGGCGGUAAAAAUUCUUCUUCGUCUUCAACUAGUAAGCCCUCAAGAACUAUCCGGAAGUCCCCUCUUCAGUCUUCAAAUUCAAAUAAGAAAUCCCCACUCACAACUCCAGAAUGUUUAAAAGAAUCUCCACUGAGGCAGAGUAGUCUGUCUCCUGCAGGAAUUCUUGCAAGCCAGGACCAACCAUUUUCUGUUGAUCUAUCUGAAGAUAAAGAGAAUCAUACGCCAGUUAAUGUUGUUUCUGGGGCUCCAGUGAGAAGAGCUCUUGACUAUGGCGCUCCGUCCAUGCCAAAAGAUUCAAUUAAAAAAAUGGGACACAAGAAAGUAGACAUGAAAAAAAUAUCAGAAGCUGAACAUCUUACUGUUGUCUCCCUUCAAAUGGAAAUCCGAAACAGGCUGGACUCCCUAGAAAAAUUAGUUUCCUAUAUCUUGAGAGCUGUGAGACCAUCACAGAAGCUAAUUGAACCAAAGAAUUUACCUACUUUCGCUCUUGUUGAUAUGAUAGCAUUUGAUAAAUGUGAACACUUUCUUUCUGAACCUGGAAAUAAGGCUGAGACAAGUAAAUUCUGGGACACUUCCUAUGAGAUGGUUCCUAACCUUCUUUUUCGAGUGGGCAUCGAUGAGAAACAAUAUUUAACGAGGGCGCGCAUAAAGCAGCAACCAGAAACGCAACAGACGCGCAAAUGCAGCAGUCUUUUGAGGAAAAUUUUGGCAAUUUGGCAAUAA